CUUCUGUCACUUCUAUGUGAACAAUAUUCAUAGUGAUGCCUUUAUGCAAUAUUCCAAGUUGAAUACAACUAAAGAUCUAUGGGCAGCAUCUGUGGCCUACUGUUGAUUACCACAGAAAAUAGUGUGUCUCUCAGUUUAUACACUACUGUUAAGAUGUUUUUAUGUUUUUGAAAGAUGUCUCUUAUUCUCAACAAGGCUGUGUGUAUUUGAUGAAAAUACAGUAAAAACAGUAAUAUUGUGAAAUUACUAUUUCAAUUUAGUAUGAUGACAAAGCAAGGCCAUUAUUCUAGUCUUCAGUGCCACAUGAUUCUUCAUAAAUCUUUCUAAUAUGCUGAUUUGUUAUUAAAGUUCAAAAGAACAACAUUUAUUUGAAAUGCAAAUAUUUUGUAACAUUGUAAAUGUCCUCACUCUCAUUUUUAGGCACAUUUAAUGCUUCCUUGUAACAGUAAAAAGUCUUUAUACACCGACAAUGGAAACCUAGCUGUGAUGCACUAAUCCUUUUGAAGCAGACCGCUUUUAUAGUUGGAUGAAAGUCUGGUUAUGUUGUUCUGAUGUAGUACUUGUUAAUGAAGUUUGCUCCAUGCAAACAGUACUUUCACAUGUACAUAUGUUUCACUUUAUUACUGUGCACACAGUAUAGCAAGCAAAUACCAGGUUAAUUUUUAGCUGGUUAAAGGAUUGGAACUUUGUGUUAAAUAAAUAAACAAACAAAUAAAUAAAAGUUAGUCACUUUUAAAUACUUAGAUACUAUUAUUUGCACUCUGGUACUGCUGCUUUCGGUCAGGAAACACUUCUGGUGUUAAGGUGCUAUGGUUAUACUUAUUGUGAUCUACAGCUAGCCUGGUAGACUUCUACUUUAAGAGAUUUACUGUGUAUAUUAGGGCUUUUACAGAGCCAAGAUGUAAGUAGAUGAUUAUACCAGUACCUGUAAAUAUAAUAACUCUCACUGAGCAUACUCCGUUAUUUAAAUAAUUAAAUAUUAAUGUAAUGUGAUUAUAAACCAAUCAAAAUAAAACAAUAGCAUGCAGCCUUCAGUUAAUUCUCAAUUAGGUAAACAUUACUUUUCAAGCGUUUCAAAUAAUUAUUCAAUCAAACAGUCAGUAUCAAAGUACAAAUAAAUACUUUAAAUGCAGUGAAUGUUAUCCUCGUUUUCUUGCAAAUAUUAAUGUUUGAUUACAUUUUAAAGGAGCAUUAAGUAGCUUGGUUUUAAAAUGUUAACAUAUUAAGAAAAAAAAUGUGUUUUUUGUCAUUUCCGUGGUGUACACUCACUGUACUCAUAAUAACUUUAUAUAAAAGAGUUUUAAUUAUAAAUGGUGCGGGUCACCCCUCAGUGUUCGCUAUGUUGAAAUAACCUAUCCUCACGCUCAUUGGCUGGCUGUAGAUACGCUGGUAGCGUAGUGUUGUUUGGUGAAGCAAAAGCAAAAUUUAGACAAUGGAACACGGGAGAUUAAGUACUUUACCUGUAAAAGUUACGACCGAAGCAGAAAAGGUCUGAAGCCAGAAGACAGAGAGACCGACAAGGACAAAAACGAGCGCAAACGUAGGUAAAGCGUACACAGGGUGGAAUUUACAUUCAACUCAGGGACGAUCGUACUGAACUACGUCGAUAGAUGGCAGUGCAGCCUCUAAACACGUUGUGCUAUCUACUUAAAAUAUGCAAUCAGCAGCGAUGCUAACGCUAACUAAAGAACACGUUUUCCCCGUCCUAUCUAGAUUGAUAUGAUAAAUAAAUUACUGUUUAUAUAAUACAGCUGCAUAUGAACGAUCAAUGGCACCAAUUACCGAUAUUGCAGUAAAACUGGGUCUGCGCCAAACUCACGCAGCUCGACUCAGAUGAAUUCGUAUUCAGAUAGUGGAUAUCAGGAGGUGAGUGGUUACUAUAGUAACACUGUGACGCCCAGACGAUCGGAAGGGAGGUCUCAAUCGACAAGCUCCGCCCCCAGUGGAAGCCCCACCCUCGCCAUGAGUUCUAGGGCUGAAGGACAGACCUCAGCACAGGUGGGCAGCAGUGGCCGUGUCAUGAGGCGUGUCAGUUCUGUUCCCUCUCGUGCCCCGUCCCCACUCUACACCCCGUCCCCGCCUGCGUCUCGCCAGCCUCUGCGUACUUCCCUCGGAAGCCCCUAUGGCUCACCUAUUGUCUCAGAGCCCCGUCCUCUACCUAGUUUAUUUCCUGGCACCACCUUGCCUCCGGCCUCCAGCCAUGCUCCCGACCCAGUACACUCCAGCUACUUGGGACGGCAUGGAAAUGGGACGGGGUCAGAGUCUGGGUCACCAACGCUCCUGCGGGCCGGUAUGACUGCUCAGCCUCAGCAGUACGGGACCCUGGGGAAGCACGAUACACGUGCAUACGACAGCACUCACUCUUCCUUUGGGUCUCGGGCCUAUGACAUCUUUGAGAGGAUGGUCCUUUCAAGACCGGAUAGCCUUACAGGCUUGCAAACCUCUUAUAGUCAGAACAGCCAGUUAGGCCAAGAAGCCCGCUCCCCUGACUGCCACGUCACGCCAAUCUAUGAAGACAGAACCUUCCAGAACCCUCUGUACCAGAGCCCCACGCACGGCUCCCAGAGCGCUAUCUCCAGAAACAAUACAGGAUUUGGUACUUUACAAAGGACCACUAGUCAGUGUAGCACUCUGAGGUACCAGCGAGGGUUGUUCUCAAUGGGCUCCAUGGCAACGCACUCUGACACCUAUCGUCCUGCCCAUUACCGCCAAUCUGACCCGAACUACACCAGACAUGCAGCUGCCGUCGACAACGCCGUCACGCGCUCACCUUCCAUAGACAGUGUUCACAAAGAUCCCAGGGAGUUUGCCUGGAGAGACCCCGAGCUGCCAGAGGUAAUCCGAAUGCUGCAGCAUCAUUUCCCUUCUGUCCAGGCCAAUGCUGCAGCGUACAUACAGCACCUCUGCUACGGAGACAACCGCAUAAAGGCAGAGGUGUGUCGACUCGGGGGGAUCCGACACCUGGUGGAUCUGCUUGACCACAAAACCCUGGAAGUUCAGCGGAACGCUUGCGGAGCUCUGCGGAACCUAGUGUACGGAAAAGCCACUGACGAUAAUAAAGUGUGUGUGAGGAAUUCCGGUGGAAUCCCAGCUUUGGUUCGUCUGUUGAGAAAAACUCCAGACACUGAAGUGCGAGAGCUCGUAACCGGAGUGUUGUGGAACCUGUCAUCAUGUGACUCUGUGAAGAUGACGAUCGCUCGAGACGCUCUGGGGCCACUUACCAACACAGUCAUUAUCCCUCACUCUGGGUGGGGUGCGGCCCCUCAACGAGAGGACCAGAAACUCAAACUGCACUCAUCUUUGGUCCUGAGGAAUACGACUGGCUGCCUCAGGAACCUGAGCUCAGCUGGAGAAGAGGCCAGAAGGCAGAUGCGUUGCUGUGAAGGGCUGAUUGAUUCCCUUCUCUAUAUAAUCAAAACCUGUGUAAACACCUCUGAUUAUGACAGCAAGAUUGUGGAAAACUGUGUGUGCACUUUGAGGAACCUGUCAUACCGUCUUGAGCUGGAGAUGCCUCCGUCUCGGCUGAUGGGAACCCAGGAUCUGGACACGCUCCUGGGCCCUGACACCUCCAGUAAACAGGCCGACUACAGCUGCUGGGGGCUCAGAAAGAAGAAGAAGAAGAGGUCCUGGCAGGAUCAGCAGUGGGAUGGUGUGGGGCCUAUUCCAGGAUUUUCUGGAAGUCCAAAGGGGGCAGAGAUGCUGUGGCAUCCAUCUGUGGUAAAACCUUACCUCACUCUGCUGGCAGAGAGCUCAAACCCAGCCACGCUGGAAGGGGCGGCUGGGUCUCUGCAGAAUCUCUCCGCCGGAACCUGGAGGUUUGCGGCCUACAUCCGUGCUGCUGUACGUAAAGAGAAGGGUUUGCCCAUACUGGUGGAGCUACUAAGAAUGGAUAAUGACAGGGUGGUCUGCUCUGUGGCCACUGCUCUACGGAACAUGGCUCUGGACGCCAGGAACAAGGAGCUCAUUGGAAAAUACGCCAUGCGGGACCUAGUGACCCGUCUCCCUGGCAAUGGGCCCUCCCUGCUGUCAGAUGAGACGGUGGCGGCGGUCUGCUGUGCGCUGCACGAGGUCACCAGCAGGAAUAUGGAGAACGCCCGUGCUCUCGCCCAGACGGGCGGCAUCGACAAACUGGUUACAAUCAGCAGAGGACGUGGGGAGAGGUACUCCAUGAAGGUGGUCAAGGCAGCAGCUCAGGUGCUCAACACUCUGUGGCAGUACAGAGAUCUGCGUAACUUCUACAAAAAGGAUGGAUGGAACCAGAACCACUUCAUCACCCCAGUGUCAACACUGGAACGAGACCGCUACCGUUCCCAACCUACUCUGCCAACCAGCAAUGUGCAGAUGUCACCUGUUAUCCAAUCAGGAGGUAGUGCCACCUCUUCCCCUGCCAUGUUGGGUAUAAGAGGUCAUCACUUAAAUCAGCGGAGGACCCAGUCGUCUAUGCAACUUCAUAAUUAUUAUGGAGACGCCAACAGAAACACAAGUCAGUAUACAGGGUCUGGAAAGCAGUCUGCCUAUUUUAUCAGUUCCUAUCCCUCUCCUUCAGCCGAGGAGUCCCGCAGAUCACAGCAUGGCCGGCUCUACUACCCAGAGGAGGGAAAUCAAAGCACCUAUGACACUUUUGGAAUGUACCUGUCAUCUCCGAUGGGCUACGAGGAUGCGUACCUGGACGAGCCGGUUCGUUAUCCCGUGGUGAGCGAGAGGCAGGUGCUCAAACCCAAUACCAACUACGUGGACUUCUACUCCACCACACGCAGGCCUUCAUACAGAACUCAGCCCUUCCCGGCCUCACCUGACUCAUGGGUGUAGGCAUGUACGUGUGCGUAUUUGUUCAUGUGACGUGUAGCCAUAGAUAGAAUAUUGCAAGGAGGUGUUACUCUUUAAGACAUAUCUGGGUCAGUGGAUUCCAAGACCAAUGUAUGGACAAGCUGUUGCAUAUGAAGUGACUGGUUCAUUAUCAUUCGACAAAUUGAAUUUGUUUUGUGUGUGCAAACAAGCCCUUGCAGCGACAUUCAUUUUCAUUUGGAUGUUUGUGUGUGUGCAGGUGUGAAUGGAAGUGUGUGUGUGUGUGUGUACAUAAAUGCUCAAUUAAAUUAACUUGAAUUAGUUUGACCUGGGAUUGAGUGUGAGCCAAAGACUUUACUUUUCAGUGUCUGCUGUUUUUAGACAGUACAGCGUGUUUAAGGUCUGAUUUACUGAGAACUUGAACCAUCGUUUUAUCAUUUGAUUUUUCAUGUUUUGUUUUUUUAUUGGCAUGUUAAUAUAGUCACCUCAGUUUUUGAGCCAAAUGAAAAGGUGUUACUAAAUUACAUAUUGGCUGAAAUAGCUAAUAAAGAAAUAAUAGCAGUGUAAAAGAAAAAAAAAAGAAACACUAAUAAUAAUGUUCUGUGCAUUGGAAAACAAAAACGUCAUUUUGUCUGGUCUCAUUGCUGUAACCUACUUAAUGUAAAGAUUAAUGUAUGUUCCAUGGAGUCUUGUACAACUACGUCAGUUUAUUGUACAACCGUGAUCUGUGCUAAUAAGCACAAAAAACUGUGCCAUGAUAAAUCGCUAUGUAGAACUGUGUGUAUAUGUAAGAGACCUUAUGGAGGCAAAAGUUAUUACUAUCAGAAUAUUUAGAUGUAAUAAAGAUAACAUUUUUUUUUUUUUUAAUAUUUGAUGUUGGAUUAUGUUGUUUAUUCAUCUACCAUAAAUUCAAUUUUAUUUUCAAGUGGUUUUCGCGCUACAAAUUGUGUUAAAACAUUCUAACAGAGAAUAACCCAGAGGACAGAUUUCAGCUUUGCAAUAGCUUUCAUUUGGAAGAAACUAUUUAUCACUACAACAUUAAUAUGCUUAUCAAAUUUCCAUUCAGAAUCAGAAAUGACACCCAGAUUUGUAACAUUGGCGUGCAUAAUAGCAGACGGUGGCCCUAAGCUAUUCACAAGUGAAGUCCUUGCAAUAUUAAUGAGUAAAAUGUUCCAUCCAUAGCCACACAGAGACGCUAAAGAGUCGAUUAUACUGCACAUAAAUGGAGCAGCACCAUACUAUUUAAGCAGAUAUAACAGGAUAGAUAUUAUAGACUUGUGGUUUUAGGGAGUGAAAACCCCUGAUACAUAUCAGUAUGUUUAUUUUCUUCUUCCUGGUGAGUUAUUACUUCUACAUCAUGUUCUGUCAGCACAGAUUUAUAAGCGGUCAGUUCCUGCUCUACUGUAUCAGAUGAACAUAAGGGUCAACUACAAAGAAAGAAAGAAAAAGAACAAAUGAACAAGCUUGUGGUGAAAUAUAGGGAUUUCCAGAAAUGUGCUCUGGUCAAGUUCAUACACUUUUUAUGAAUUAUAACUUGCUUAACAGUAAGUUAGUCCUAUUAACCUAUCAGGUGAAAGUUAGUCAUUACUCCAUGAGAAGAUUAACUUACAUUAACUUAUAAGUUAAUUUGUUUUUCUAAAGUUUGAUCUAACAGGACAACAUGUUUUAAACCAACUACUACCACAAAAUGUCAAAUUCAACAGAUCCAUUGCUGUUUAUUUUAUUUUUUACUUUAAUUUUUAGAUUCAAUUUUUUUAUUUAUUUGAUGAAUCAAAUUCAAACAAACAAAUAUGAACACAUUUGAAAGUAUUCUUAUUUUUUAAAACUUAAUAUUGUUUUUGGGUUAUUGUCAUAAAUGAAAAUCAUUGCGUUUUUCCCCACCAAAAAUGAUGUCACUGGAAGAUGGUGUAGCCUAAUUGUUAA